AUGCAGCAGGCCUUUGCUCACGAGGAGGAGGGUGACGAAACCACAAGGGGCCCACAGGCAGAAGACAAACUACACUGCAAAUCACCAAGUCCUGAAGUUGCCUCCGAUCAAGACCCUGCAGGUUUCAAAGCCGACGAGCCAGUCUGCCAACUUGAACUGCAUCCUGGAGCUCAAGAGCCAAGUGUGUGCCUGCAGCAGCAGCUGAACGAGGCCAGGACUGAGAACAAACUGCUGAAGAGGAUCCAGCAUCGCCACACGGUGGCACUGCAGCACUUUCAAGACUCAGAGGGCAGCCUCUCACAGAUCCUCACCAAGCACAACAAUGAGGCCCCGAGUCUGCAGGGGUUGCUCCGUGAGACCCAGGCCUGUCUGGCACGGCAGCUACAAGCCACAGAAAGCAAAUUGCAAAGAUCAAAGGACAGUCUCCAGCACCUACAGCUCCUCAGCCAGGAUCAGGGCCUGCUGGAGAGGGAGGAACUGAACCUCAGGCUGACCAACGCCACUGAACAGUUGGAUCAGAAGGACAAGAGGAUAUUGGUAUGGAGGAGCAGGAGGGUGGGAGACACUUAA